AUGCUUUCUAUUUCUCCUGACCUCUGCGAUCUUCAAACAAAUGGAGAUGCAGUGGAAUACGUGAAGAGGUUCACGUACAUCGGCUUUGUGUUUAGUGGUGAGGGAAAAUGGGAGGACGAGAUCAGCCUGCGAAUCGGAAUGGCCAGCGGUGUUGUGCGUAAACAGGACGGAGCCGUCUUUGUGGCUAAAGCUGAACCGAGUGUGAAGACGAAGCUCUCGGUGGUCAAGUCAAUCUUCCUCCAACGCUUACCUAUGAUCGUCAGUCGUGCAAUGUGA